CCAGCGAGUACCUCCGCGGCCGUCUUGGCGCGGUCAUGUCGACGCGGAUUUGUCCCAGGAGCAGCGUGUGAUAGAUGCGGGUGUACGCGAGUACGACGAGCGGGCACUCCGAAUAUCACAACGGGGCGAUUUCGCGACAGGGUUACGGCGGGCCGCGCACAACGGUUCACGAGCGAUACGCAAGACGUUACUGCGCGCGCGACCACACACGGCAGCGGACGCUGCGGAUAGACGACGGACGUCGGACGUAGAUGUUAUGCGCCGUCUGCCACCACGGUCGCGGACAGAGGUUCACUUUCACCUUCUCCCUGGCCUCGCUCGAUUUCUCUUCGGCGGUCUCUCUCUUCUUCCAAUGUCGUGCGACAUUAAUUUCCCGAAAUCAAGUAUUCAUACCACCGCGACUACAACCGCCACCAUCACCGCCACCACCACUACACAGCCGUCGUUGCCACGAUCAGCGGAUCAGCCACGAUUCCACCGUGACUCCACGUGCCAAGAAUUCACCGCGAGUGCCAAAGAUUCCAACCGAGCUGACGUUGUCAUUCGAAUGCUAGCACAUGACAACAACUCUUAUCUGCUCUUAUCAUAGUUAUCGUUGUUGCUCGUCGGAGG